UUUCUAUGACUUAAAAUUUUCAGAAUAGAAAAUUACGAGUACAAGCUGCACCUUUGAAAACCAUUGACGAUAUGGCUGGUGAACCUGAAAUUAUUACUUGGAGCUGUUGGCUUCGAACAGUUGUCGCCGGAAUCACAGCGUUGUUUCUUUUAGCUUUUGCGGGUAUGAACAACGGAGCGUCAAAUCUUCUGUUAUCUCAGCUGACAAAAAAGGACUCCUUGAUCCCUAUCUCUCAAGACCAAGAAUCUUGGGUAGCGAGCCUUGGACUUUUGGCUGCGCCAAUUGCUCCAAUUCUGAUUGGUCCAUUUAUUGACUUUUUUGGGCGUAAAAAAGGAGUCCUGGUUUUUUAUCUCAUCAUGGGUAUCGGGUGGGCAGUCAUUGGCAGCGCUAAAAAUGUGACCCAACUCUACAUAGGUCGCAUGAUUUGCUCUUUCGGUGAAGGUUUUGAGGCAUGUGCAGUAGUCUACCUGGCAGAGAUCUGCGCAACAGAGCAGCGUAGUAUCGUACUUGCCUGGCUGAGAGCACUAUUCUCCGCAGGAGUUCUCUUUGUAGACGUCAUCAACACCUGCGUGUCAUGGCCUGUAGCCUGCCUCGGAUUCAGUCUGGCCGCCUUCGCGUUCGCAAUAGCCGAGUUGUUUGUACCGGAGUCUCCAGCGUGGCUCUUUCGCCAAGGCGAGGAAGAGGCGGCCGUAAAAAAUCUCCAGAGGCUUGGAAGAAGUCAAGCCGGGGUUCAUCUGGAGAUCGAGACUCUCAGGCAACGCGAGAGUAGCACCGAAUCACUCUCCUGGCGAACCUUUCUGAAGCCGACAGUUUGGAAACCUUUCGUCAUUCUUGCUGUUUUUCACGUGUUACAGCUCUCAACCGGCUGCGACGUUAUUAUUUUUUACCAGGUGGAUUUCCUAGCGAGUCUAGGCACGACCUACGACCCUGUGUCAGUCUCUGUGGCCUUAUCAACAGUCAGAUUCCUCUCAAACAUAACUGUCGGCGUCUACACCAAUUCGAUUUCCCGGAAAAUAUCAACUGCAAUUUCCGGUUUCUGCAUGGCGGUGCCCCUCGCCGGAGCGGUAAUAUACGAGUACCAUUACCGGUCCGUACCGGUGCUCGACAGGCCCGUCCAAUGGCUGCUUCUCACUUUCAUCUUCGCUUACCUAGUAGCGGCCGAACUCGCUGUUAACUGUCUGCCCGGGACUAUGGUAGGAGAGUUGUUCCCACUCAGCGUCAGGGGUACCAUGAGUGGGGCAACACAUUUUGCUGCGCAUUGCUCUUAUUUUGCGUACGUUAAGUUUUACUUUGCGUGCCUGAGGGUUUUGAAGAUUCACGGGAUUUUAUUCGUGUUUGCAGCGAGUUCUUUUCUUGCUGGUCUUUUUGGGAUUUAUAUAUUGCCGGAGACACACGGCAAAAGCCUGGUGGAAGUGGAACAAGGUUUCGAGGGGAAAACUCAGGAAAUUGACCAAAAUAUUGUGGUACCACUAUCCUCUAUUAAUAGCUAAAUAAGUUCACUGUAUUUUGAUAUGAGGUGUGAAUAUUCCUAACUUAAAUAUAAGAGCACAUAUCUGCAUAACAAAACUAAUGACACUUAUGUUGUAUCUGAAGGGCGCCGAAAUUCCACGGAAAAAAGAGGUAGAGGUUAAGUCCCAACUUGGCAUUUCGAGUUAAUUGUGGUAGUACCCCAAUUACUUGUGGUAGAGGUGUCGUCAGAUAAGUUGACAUUUGAUUACUUUCAAUUUGCAGGCGCAGACAAAGAAUUUACGCCUAUGCACAAAGCGGCGUUCGCUACUAUCCACCUUGAAAACAUCCGUCUCAUGCUCGCAUCGUAAAAGAAGUACUUAUCAGUUAUGAUCCGCGACUUUUAUGUGGUUGUGAUUUAUUUGUGGCUAAAAAUUGAAGUGUUACUAGAUUUGAAGGUAUAAAAAAACCUAUCCAAACUUAUGUUCUCGCUUCUACAAGAAUCUGAUGUUUUCAUGUGGAUAGUAGUGAUGCGAAAACGCCCGCAAACCGAAAGUAAACAAAUGCCAACUUAUCCGACGACACCUCUAGUACCCUAAUAAAUUAGGUUAAUGAUCCAAGUGUUGCGGCACCACCCCAAUUUGAGUUGCGUUACAACCAAAAUAAAUUGUGAAUAUCCAUAUCAUCCAUGGGCGUCGCCCGAUUCCCUCUUUCCCAGAUCCGAUUCCCUCCCAAUAAAUUAUGUUUAAAAUAAAAACGGCAACGUCGCACAAUAUAUAGGUGGACCCCACCAGCGACACUAUCGCUGAUAACUUGCACGCAAGAUGAUGGACCUUUGGCC